CAGCUGUCCCCCUCCCUGGGCAGGGAGCUGAGCCUGAAUGGAGAGAUAGGGCAACCAUAGAAGGUGCUCUAAUGGCGGACCGUAUUUCAAGUAGAGAUUGUUAGCUUCCUCGCUGUUGCUUUGUUGGCGAAAAGUCGCUGAUUCUUUUGGUGGGGCGGAGAGCUAGAACUGCAGCUAGCGUUUCUGGUUCUUGCCUGCAGCGCUCGGUGUCGGAUAAUGGAAUGGCAGCGAGAAGGGACGAGGAGUGAGUGAGACCCGACGGUUCCUAACUCUUUGAUUCCCUUGUUGCUUCCUGUUCCCCCACCGUUUCCAUUGGCGAGUAGCACAGCGAAUAGAAUCGCUGACGAUCUUCACUGCUCCUGGGAUUUCCCUGUCUGCUCGGCGAAUCGCCCCGUUUGUUGACGAGCAUCGUUGUGCUUGUCGCCAAUUGCGCCCCGCACUGUCUGAUUCGGGAGAAAGAUCCAAAGCGGCCUUCCCCUUUUUCCGGUUUCUCCUGUGCAAUCCUGUUGAAAAAGAUUGGAUUUUUAUGCUUUUCCAAUAUCUUGUUCGCUAUCUAAGGUGUGUCGAUUUGAUGUGGUGAAGCUUGCGGGGGUGUUUUGGGAGGCGGAGAUGUUGGAUUUGGCGCUGGAUUCCGAUGGCGACGUCGGGCUGGAAGUGAUUAACUCCAGCCAGAGCUCGAUGAGCAGCAGUGGCGACAGCCGGAGUAGUUUCUCGCGUCUUUCAUUUGAUACUGCUGGACCUGUGCCGCUGGAGGCGACGGUGGAGCUCCCCGCCGGUCUUCGCCCCUGUGCUCCGACCCGGCUUCCCUCCAAGCCGCACCGCUCGUCGGAUCCGGCCUGGGCCGCGAUUAGUUGUCGGUCUCUUCCCGCCAAUCUCGGCCCCCGGGACUUCAAGCUCCUCCGCCGCAUUAGCAGCGGCGACAUCGGAACUGUCUAUCUCUGCCGCCUGCGCGACGAGGCCUCGCCGCACCCGUACGCGAUGAAGGUGGUCGACAAGUUGGCGCUGUCCAAGAAGAAGAAGCUCGAUAGGGCGGCGACGGAGAAGAGGAUCCUCCGGAUCCUCGAUCACCCCUUUCUCCCCACUCUCUACGCCGACUUCGAUGCUUCGCCGCAUUACUCCUGCGUCGUGAUGGAAUACUGCAGCGGCGGAGACCUUCACACGCUCCGCCACCGCCAGCCCCGCCAACGCUUCUCCGUCGCCGCCACCAGGUUCUACGCGGCGGAGGUGCUGCUCGCCCUAGAGUAUCUUCACAUGCUCGGUAUCGUCUACCGCGACCUGAAGCCGGAGAACAUCCUCAUCCGCUCCGACGGCCACAUCAUGCUCUCCGACUUCGACCUCUCCCUGGAGUCCACCUCCUCGCCCACCCUCGAGCCCAUCGCCACCUCCACCCCGGCGGACAGGGGCCACUCUGCCGCUGAAAACGGCGAGCGCUUCCCUGCCGAUCCCUCCUGCCUCCCCUUCCUCGCUCGCCGGCCGCCACCCCACAUGGCCACGAAGGCCGACCCUUGGCGCUUCGUCGCGGAGCCUGUCGACGCUCGGUCGUGCUCCUUCGUGGGUACUCACGAGUACGUCGCGCCAGAGGUCGCCGCAGGCCAGCCCCACGGCAGCGCCGUCGACUGGUGGGCCUACGGCAUCCUCCUCUACGAGCUCCUCUACGGGCGCACUCCCUUCGCCGGGCCCACCAACCUGCAGACUCUCCACAACAUCGUCAAGCAGCCGCUAUCCUUCCCGACGGCCGACCCUUCCUCGUCGGCGGCGAAGGAUCUCAUCGCCAGCCUGCUGGCUAAGGACCCCACCGCCCGCCUCGGCUCCCGGCGCGGCGCGGCGGACGUCAAGGCGCACCCUUUCUUCAAGGGCAUCAACCUGGCGCUCAUGCGCUCGCACCGGCCGCCGGUCCUGCCCGGUCCGAUCCGCUCCCACUCCCGUAAGCAGCCCCCCAUGCCAAACCAGUUCGAGUUCUUCUAAUUUCUAGUCCGACCCGACCCGAUCCGAUCCGACCCGAUUCCAUCGGUCGGGUAAAUUUUCACAUGUGGUCCAGAACAUGUACAACACUGCAUUGACUUAUCAAAUGUACCACACGCAGUGACUAAUGCUCAAGUUUCCUCCUUAA